AUGUUUGAAACGAUUUAUACCUCUUUUAAACACACUCAACUUUGUUUAUUCAUUCAAAUGUAUUCAAUAAUCUUUCUUUCUUUAGUACUCUCUGUUCUUUCGACGACUUCAUGUUAUGUUAAAGAUGAAGCUAAAAAAUGUAUCAAAGAUGGAAGUGGCGAAGCAAAAUGCAAAGAUGACGUAAAAAUAACGAAAGAAGAUGCUAUGGCACUCUGCGAAGAUGCUUUUCAAGACAAUAUGGAUAUAACAAGUUUUGUAUUCGAAGGAACAGAUAAACUAGUUAUUGGGAAAAAUGCUUUCAAAGGUGCAACCAAGCUUGUAUCAUUCACUGCAAACUCUGGUAUUCAGUCGUUGGGAACUAGUGCUUUUGAGGGAGACGUAGCUUUGACCAAAAUAGAUUUAACUGGAUUGGCAGAAAUACCAGAAUCUGCUUUCAAAGGAUGUUCGAAACUCGCCGAUGUGACAGGAACAGAAAACGUCGCCACUGUCCAGAAAGACGCUUUCAAUGGGUGUGUGAAACUUCUGUCAGUCAAUUUUUAUGCGCCACUAACAAAACUUCUCGAUUCACUUGCAUCACAAAACAAUCUCUUUUUUCACGGAACAGUUCAACCAACUACUCUCCCAGAUCCUACAACUCCAAUCAAUAAUAAAUUGAAGGUUUUUGUGACUGAUUCAUAUACAGCUGGAACCUUUGGGGGUCUUAUUGCACUUAAAGCUAAUUGCACCACACUUCAAUGUGUUGAUAUAUCCACGAAAAUUCCAGAUGAAAACCCACCUCAACCAGCUGCUAAAACGGAAAAAGCUCUUAAAUGUGUUGAUUGUGAUUCAAAGAAAAUGAGUGUUGAUGGUAACAAUUAUUACUGUGAAAUUGAUAUGACCGAGUGCAUUAAAACACAUACCGAUUGCAGAAUUUGCACAAAAGAAAAAUGCCAAAAAUGUGUCAUAAGUAAAUACUUAGAAGAAGAUACUUGCAAACAAACUUGUUCUGAUGGUUAUUACAAAGAUACGACAGAAUUUAUGUGUAAUAAAUGUAAAGAUGAAAAAUGCAAAACAUGUGGAGCCGAUUUGGAAUGCAUUGAAUGUAAAGAUAAUCAUUUUUUAAUUGAAGACACAAAAAAAUGCACAACAGAUUCAACAUGUCCAGCUGGCUAUUACAAAGAGGAAACAGCCAAAAAGUGUGUCAAGUGUGGUAGCAAUUGCAAAGUGUGCACUAAAGAUGCUUGUACUUCUUGUACGACAGAUUCUUAUUAUGUUGAUAGAAAUGAGUGCAAAGCUUGUUCUGAAUCGAUUACAAAUUGUGGGAAAUGUACUUCUCAGAAAGAGUGCACCAAAUGUUCCAAAGGCAAUUUGAUCAAAGAUAAAACCAAAUGUGUCGACACAUGUCCAGACAAAUUCUACUCAGCAAACAAAGUGUGUACCGAGUGUGAACAAUCAUGCAAAAGGUGUGUUGAAGCAGGAAAGUGUACUGAAUGCCCUGAUAAUGAUAUUCUAUUAUUGGACACUGGAAAAUGCCAGAGUGGUACAGAAUGUCCAAAUGGUUAUUCAAAAGACACAACUGGCAAGAAAUGUAUAAAAUGUAUACAUUUUCUGUAA